AUGUCCAAGAGAUUUGAUGUGUGGUGUGGAUCAGUCGGUGCCAGUGCAGUGGCGGCAGUCUGCUCGUUUCUCUUUGCGAUCGGAAUGUCAGCAUGGGGAAUUGUCAUUUAUUCACAGUUUUUCGGGACGCUCAGUAAUUCUGCCACUUGUCAAGCAAAGACCAUUCUAGAUUUAUUGCUGACGUAUUCUAUUGUGACUGUUAUUUCAGGAUUGUGCAGCUUUGGCUCAAUUUUCAUGGCUGUUUUAGAUGCAUGUGUUUUUCAAGCAUCUCAGAGAAAGGAGGAUCGUCAAAAAUCAAGACCAUGUUAUUCCAUUGCUCAAUGUUGUAUUGGAAUCAUUGGGUGCGCCACUUUGGGACUUUUAAUUGCAAUGACAGUUUUCCAAUAUGCCAACUCUUGUAAAACUGAGCAAACAAAAUUAUAUGACAUGAUGCAUCCUUAUUUAAUUACUCAAUAUUGUGCCAUUCCAAUUUUAGGAUGUCUGUUGGGAUGUUUUGUUUGUUUCGUGCAAUGUUGUAUUGCAAUGAGGUCUGAAAAUACGGAUUAUAUUCGUGUGGAAAAUAUUAUGCAUUAA